UUUUCUUCUCGAUAUGCCAAAAUCAGUUGCCUUCGCAAAACUCCUAAUUCUUCUGUUGUAGUGAAUUCAUCAUCUUGCGCCAAAUCUAUCUUAUCUUAAAUAAUUUUCACUUAAAUAAUUUGUUUUUAUUCUUCGGUGGGAAGUGUGGCCGUAAAAAGCCUAUCCAUCCCUUUGUUUUCUUUUCUAAUCUUCUUGCGGCUGCGUACCAACAACCAUCUGAGCUUAACUGAGAGAAACAAUCAGUGUUCAUGACGCUUACCGUCCGGCCUCUAUCUGUUCCUCGAAGUGGUGAAGUUUCUGGGAUCAGAGGUUUUAAUUUGCGGAAUGGAUUGAGUUUGUGGAGAAAACAUCUUGUGAAGCACAACAAGGGAGCUUACAUUUGUUGCUCAUUUAGUACAGAGAAGGAUCCUCUGUUACCUUCUGUCCAGCAGUUAACCGAUGCUCGUGUCAUCUAUAGUGUAUCUGCUGCACUGGGUCAUAACAAGGACUCGCAUCCGGAAUGCAGCGCAAGAGUUCCUGCUAUUGUUACAGCUCUUGAGAAGAAUGAGCUCACUCGUAAGUUCCGUGGCUCGGAGAUUCUUGAACUUGCAAAUUUCAAGAAUGCGACUAUAGAAGACAUUGCAAAUGUUCACGAAAAAGCUUAUGUCUUAGGCCUGGAGAAGGCAAUGGGUGAAGCUUCAGAUUCAGGACUAAUUUUCAUUGAAGGUUCUGGACCAACAUACGCCACUUCAACGACAUUCCAAGAUUCACUUAUCGCAGCAGGAGCUGGAAUGGCUUUAGUUGAUUCAGUGGUCACAGCAUCAAGAAACAGCUUCGACCCUCCAACUGGCUUUGCAUUGAUAAGACCUCCAGGACACCACGCUGUGCCAAAAGGCCCUAUGGGUUUCUGCGUUUUUGGUAAUGUAGCAAUCGCAGCUCGUCAUGCUCAACGAGCACAUGGUCUGACACGCGUCUUCAUUAUUGACUUCGAUGUUCACCAUGGAAAUGGCACAAACGAUGCGUUUUCUGAGGAUCCUGAUAUAUUCUUUUUGUCAACGCAUCAGGAUGGAAGCUAUCCUGGAACAGGGAAGAUGAGUGACAUAGGCAAAGGAAAAGGUGAAGGCACCACCCUGAACUUACCUUUACCUGGAGGAUCAGGUGAUAUUGCAAUGAGAACUGCUUUUGAAGAAAUCAUUGUUCCAUGUGUUCAACGUUUCAAGCCAGAUCUUAUUCUUGUUUCUGCCGGGUAUGAUGCUCAUGUCCUGGAUCCACUAGCGAAUCUACAGUUCACAACCGGAACAUACUACUCAUUGGCUAAAGAUAUAAAACAAUUAGCUAAAGAAGUAUGCGGAGGGCGUUGUGUGUUCUUCCUGGAAGGAGGAUACAAUCUUGAGUCACUUUCAGCAUCAGUAGCAGACUCGUUUCGAGCUUUGCUUGGGGAAGAAAGCUUGGCAUCAGAGUUCGAUAAUCCAGCUUACUUGUAUGAUGAACCGAUGAGGAAAGUGCGAGAUGCAAUUGAGAGAGCCAAAAGCAUUCAUUGUUUAUGAAGAGUAUUUGCUUCAAACUGUCUACAGAUGUUGUGAUUAGAUAAGUAAUAUGAAUGUGUCAAAUUAACCUAACGUUCUUGUAAAUAGUAUUAUCAAACUUCCACGUUUACCUAU